GCACCGGACGCUCUAUGGUUUUUAUACUUGUCAACAACCGAACGGAAAACGGAUAAAGAAGGGUGCGUUCCAAAGUCCACACAAAACACCGGAAAGAAUCAAACCAAGCGUGCAUCAAAAUAUUCACUACCCCAAAGCGGAUUACAUUUCAUUUAACCUUAAAUACAUUUCUCUAGCGUCGAAUUCUGUUUACCUCACUAACAUCCAAGUUUUGAACUGAAGAUAAGACCAUUUUUCAAACGAAGUAACAAAAGAUAUCGUCUGCAAUGAAUCACCCAUAGAUAAGGAAUUAUUUGGUUGUAGAAGAAUAUUUGUUCUUCAUAAGAAUUAGUGCUCUUCUUUUUCAGAAUAAGUCCUUUUGAGAAUCAGAAACUGUGUAUUAUAUCAUUUCUUUCAAAUCCUUAAGCUUAUUUCUUGUCAGGACUUUCUGUGUUAGAAAAAAGAAACAAAAAUGGACUUUCCCUGUGACCGUAAAUGUCUUAUCUCUAAAAUUCCGCAAACGAUAAUGUUUUGUCUAUAGAGCCUGUAGUAGAAUAAGGUAGAAAGAAAUGCACUGUGUUCUUAGGUUACAGAAAGAGUUGAAGUAACGUAGUAUUCUAAUUAAUUUUAGAAUGUUGAUAUUUUUGAAAAUUGUCUUGGUUUUUUACGUUUUAAGACUAUCAUGUGCAAUAAUCAAAAUUGAUUCAGAUGGAGGUUAUACAAAUGUUGUGGUUGGAUUUCAUCCAGAUGUUCCUAACUCAAAAGUGGACUCCUUAUUUAUCGAAUUAGAAGAAUUAUUUAAAACCGCCUCCAGAAACCUAAGAGAAGCUUCGAAAGGAAACUUAUAUUUUAAAGAAGUUAUUUUUGCUGUGCCAAAAAAGUAUCAUGAUGCAACGAAGUUCAGAAAUUGGGAAAAUGGUGACCAUUAUUUUCGCCAACCUGAUAUAAGGAUUACAUCGAAUGAUAUCUUUCAAAAAGCCUACACUAUUCAAAAUGAUGGCUGCGGAAAACCCGGAUUACGAAUUCAUAUUCCAGAUGAAUUCAUUUUUAAAGAAGGAAACUCGAAAGGUAAAGACUUACUUCGAGCGUGGGCAAAGUACCGUUACGGAAUAUUUGAUGAAAGUGGUUAUGUUGGUGAUGAUCUUUAUCCAGCUUGCUAUACUAUACCUGGAACCAACACAACGAAAGUUACACAGUGCACUAACAAAGAAAGUAGUUACGACAUCAGAGACAUUGAAAUGGGAAGUUCUAAAAAAUGUAAUGUCGUACCGAAGUAUGGAAAGAACAAUGGAAUUACAUCAUCGCUCAUGACUAAUAUGGAUUUUCCGAAUAUUAAAUUCUUUUGCGAUGAUUCUUCUGCGCAUCCACACAAUAAAGAUGUGCCAUCAAAGCAGAACAUUCUAUGUAAAGAACAGAGUACUUGGAAAAUUAUUUCACAACAUGAUGAUUUUAAAGCUAAGCGAAAACCAUCUAUUUCUGAAAAAACUAGUUUCAAAUAUGUGAUGGAAUCAACAGAAAAACUGAUUUUUGCUGUAGAAACUUCACUUGAGAUGGCUUCUGACGAUAGAUUGGAUAUGGUCCGAAAUGCUUUUUCUUAUUUUAUGCUCUAUAACUUGCCAGAAAGGGUUACAGUUGGCCUAACGCAUCUAAAAAAUGCAGAAGAUAGAACAUUGCUAUUGACAGUAAAUUCGCAAACCGACGCAGAGAGACUCAUCGAUGCUUUUCCCGAACCAGAUGAAAAAGACGAUGUGUGUGUUCAUUGUGGGAUAGAAAAAGCAUUACAGAUUUUGAAGAAUAAUUCAGAUGUGCCUCAUGGUGAUAUAGUCAUCGCAACAGCAAAGGACAUUGAAGAGCCUUACGUCAAAAACUUAAUUGAAGAAUUUUCAAAUAAUUUUGUGAAUUUACACAUCAUUUAUUUUAAUAGAAAAUUAAAACAGCCACCCUUACUGCAAAAGCUCGUUUCAAACGGAAGAGGACAUUUCUACUACAUAUCUGAAAACUACAAAUCAGGUAGCUCUGGGUCAAGUCUUACACAAGUUUAUGAAGUGUUUAGAGCAGUAUAUGAAUCUUUAUCCUGGAUGAACAGAAAACACGUUUUAGUGAAUCAUGGGACAUUUUUGGCUGAGGAUUGCUCUGUUUGCCAUAUGACAUUCAGCAGUGAUGAGAGUUUAAACAAUUUUCAAGUAUUGCUCACAGGACCAGAUUUUUUAAGGACAUCCCCCAUUGUGAAAAAUACAGUCAAUCUCGUCAGUCAAAAUGAAAGCUACUCACCCGGCGAUCCACCCUUUUCGUACAAAAUUAAGAUACCAGCGUACACAUUUAAAAUUGACAAACCUCAGCCAGGCAUGUGGUCUAUUUCAUUUGAAAGGAAAGCUAAAUCCAAGAAACCAAUCGUCGUUAUUGUGAGAGGAUUUACUUCGAAUUUUAACCAUGUCAUAGGAUUGAAAACAUGGAUAAAACAUGAUUCUGGCGAAAAUGACAUAAUGUUGAAACAACCACCCUUUACUUUAUACUCAGAGGCAAAGAAAGGGAAUUUCGUCAUCAAUAAUGCAACUGUAACUGUUACUCUACAUGAAGUCAGUACUGGGACACAGAUAACAUUUCCAUUGUUUGAUAAUGGUGAUGGCGAUCCUGAUAUAACAAAAAGGGAUGGUAUAUUUUCCAGAUACUUAAUUAAUACUCCAAACGUAGGGUAUUACAUUGUAACCACUAAAUUAGAAGCUGAAUCUUAUCUAGUUGGAGACAAAUGGAAUUCUCAGGAGAUGAAACCAAGUUAUUGUUGUGGUAGUGCUUACCCAUCGUCCACAUUAUACGAGUCAAAGCCACUCAUCCGAGUUGUUACACUUGGAAGUAUCUUUAUCAAUGAGAGAAAUUUUCGUAUUUCUUUACCACCAAGAAGAAUUACUGAUUUGAGAGUUGAGCUUGUAUACUUAGAAAAUGGUAUUACAGGCUUUGCUUUGAAAUGGACAUCACCCGGUGACAAUUAUGAUGAUGGAACAGCACAGGAAUAUCAAUUAAGAGUUUUCAAAAGCAAAGAAGACGCACAAAAGAAUUUUGGAAGUGCCUACAUUGCCAAACUCAACGAAUGGAAUAUCCACGGUUCUAUACUCAUUCCUCACAAAUCAGGAACAGCUGAAAAUGUGAUAGUCGAAUUAAAGAACCUAACUACCGGAAUUUAUUUUCUCGCUUUACGCUCUGUAAGCUCAUCCGGAAAAAAUUCAGAAGUUUCUAAUGUUUUAGAAGUAUUUCAUACUGAGCCAAUCAUUACGCCAACUUCAAUUAUAUCGACAACCGAUGAUUCAGGACGACCUACUGGCGACGACUCGGAACCCCAGACUGUUUUACUAGCAGUGACCAUAACAUUUGGUAUUUUAUUUAUUUUGCUAAUUUUAGGCUUAGUUCUUAUAAUUUAUACCAGAAGAAGGCGCAAAAGAGAAGAACAAAAUGAAGUAGAGCUAAACAAACGUAAAUCUGAGUCUAAUAAUGCAUUGUGCAAUGGUAAAGAUGGACAAAAUCCUUCUGCAAUAAGUCCCGUGAACUCAUGGCCAGCCGAUUCCUUGUUAUCCCACUAUGAGUCACAACGAUGUAAGAAACCGGAUGUAUGUAAUGUCCCCAUGGUACAUAAAGACUCUGAAGACAGUAUUUCGACAGUGUCUAGUAAAUACUCAUAUGGUUUAAAAUAUCAUACGAAUCCAUCUUUCUAUGAGUCAUCCUAUUUUCCAAAUCCUGAAAGGGAGGAAAUUAACUAUCCAUUUAAUCCGACAUAUGACCAAUUCCAUCCAACAUAUACUUCAUCUUUGCGACGCUUCCCACGGCAUGAUGGUGAUUCAAAUAUGUUUACACCUGUGGCUCUCGGCCAUGCUUCAAGUUUAGAUGGGCGACCGAGUCAUAGACUCAGAACCGACGUGUGACAGUGUCUGAUGACUCGUUCGUACUUAGAUUUACAGUAUUGCUGAAUUCCCAUAUGAGAGAUCAAAAAAACCAUUUCACUCAUUUAUCUUUCAAAUUUGGAUAGACUAUUGAACUCAUGGUUUAUAUUUCAGAGCAUUUCACCCCCAGUGCCUGAUUGAUCCUAAGUUCUGUGAAGGCCGGAUCUUGGCCCUACAAAUUUCUAGGGAUCAAUCAAUUCCAUCAAUUUUCAAUUGCAUUUUACAAAUAAUGUUAUUUUUUUCUUUUGCCUUUAACUGUAUACAUUUUUAUUUUUAAUUUAUAAUGUUUAAAAUCAACCGAGAAAUGGGUGCAGUUAAAGGGGAAAAUACAAAAAAGGAAAAAAAGACAUAUUGGUGUAUUUCUACAGUAUUAUGAACAAUCACUCGCUGAAUUCAUAAAAUAUACUGGCCAUAAUUUAAUGUAUCAAUCAUAAAUUUUUAUAUAAAUAAUCGUUUUCAAACAUAGUUACUUUAUAUUUAAAUAAUCGUCAUUCGUAAUAUCCGCCGAAAUCAACUCAGAUAGCACGCUGACAAUAAAAAGUGUCACAGAUAAAGAAGUAAACUAUCAAAUAUUCUAGUUGAGUUCGGAAAUGAUAGAAUAGUUUUUGUAAAAUUAAA